AUGACAGCCGUGCAGAUGAGGGAGCACCAGCUACAGGACCCCAAGUGUGAGGACCUACUGGGUUGGCUAGAAGGACACCGGGCUGUACCUGGGAAGAGACCGCCUGCUGCACUCUCCAGCUUUGAGGUGGAGGAGGGUGUACUGUACUACCUGCGGACGUUUCCUGACGGGUUGGUGAGGGAGUACGUGGCUAGCUGCCAUGUAUGCCAGCAGUGCAAGGGUGUUGCAGGACGCGCACCGAUGGAAGGGCAUCCACUGCCAGAGGCUCAACUGGUGAGAGUGUCAGCUGACCUUAUGGACCUGCGGGGCAGAGUACUGCAGGCUUUUGUAGACCACUAUGUGACUUUGUUUGGGCCGCCUGACCAUCUCCACACUGACAAUGGCUUGGAAUUCUCCUCUGACGAGUGGCGCUCACUUACAAUGGCCCACUCUUUUAUUGUGGCCUAUCACCCCCAGUCCAAUGGGGUGGUGGAGCGCACCAAUCGGACAGUGAAGGACGCGCUGUCGGCACUGGCUUGGCAGGCUCCCUCACAGUGGCCCACUCAUCUGCCUGCUGUACGCCUUGCCCUGAACUCGGCCAUCCACCGUGCCGUGGGGGAUCAGCCAUUGUACUUACUGAUGGGUCGUAUGGCGCUCUUUGGGAAGGGCCUGACUAAUCGACAAACUGUGGACCCGGACCUGAUACUGGGUCGCCUUGCAGACGCCCGCCGGUUAGCUGUCGAGGUGAGCCGUAAGAUGCAUGAGACCAACAAGGCCCAGUAUGACCGUGCCGCACGCACCUCAGGACCAUACGAGGAGGGCACGCUAGUCCUGCGUAAGGUUCUAGGGAACCGUGGACCCUUGGGUGAUCGGUGGCUUGGUCCUGCCGUGUACAGAAGCGGUUGGGUCCUGUUUGUUAUGAUGUUUUGGACCUGCGACCACCCAUCGCGCUGUCAGGGUCCAUGCUAA